AUGCAAGAGAAGCCGACCACGGUCGCCGCAUAUGCGGCCGGAGCGUCCCUCGCUGCUGUUGCGCUCUUCUAUGUUUUCGGUCCCAAUUAUACAAUCGACGGAGACGAAUCCAACGACAGUAACCGCAAGAAGAGCAUCGUCGGUCUUUCCAAUGUCGCCAAUGACUGCUUCAUCAAUUCGGUGCUGCAGGCGCUGGCGGGCCUGGGAGAUCUGCGUGUCUACUUGAUCCGUGAACUACACCGACGCGAGCUGGACGGACCGGAAAUGUACCACGCGGUGCCGAGCGAAGAUGAGCUUCCGCGUGGGCAGCGACCAGACAAACUGCGGGAUCUACAACAGGGGAUCAUUACACGGGCAUUGAAGGAAAUGCUCGAUCGACUGAAUGAGCGCCCGAUCUACAAGAAGACCAUCUCGGCGCGAGGGUUCAUCGAGUCACUGGAAUUCGCGUACCGGACGCGUAUUAGUCGCAACCAGCAGGACGCGCAGGAGUUCCUGCAGAUUGUGCUCGAGCGGCUCUGCGAUGAAUACCAUGCCGGUGUGCGCGCUCGGCGGCGUGCCCUCGAUCCCAUUGGAGCGCCUGCUGGCCCAGGCGCGGUGGGCACAGGGUCCGUGGCCGAUGCCUCCGAGCCUGAAACACCGGCCGAGGUGGAGGUGCGGAUUGACGAUGGAUCUACCAAUGGACUGCCCGCAAUCAUUGACACGAAGCUGCGGGAAAUUGACAACGAGGCUGGUUUCCCCCUUGAGGGCAAAUUGGAAUCCCAGAUCGAAUGCCAGUUUUGUCACUACCAAUAUAAGCCCAACCAGACGUCCUUUGUGAAUCUGACGCUGCAGGUACCGCAGAAGAGCUCGACUACACUGAGCUCCUGCUUCGACGGUCUCUUGAAAACCGAAUAUAUUGAGGACUUCCGUUGCGACAGGUGUCGUCUGCAGCAUGCCGUCGACCAGAAGACCAAAGAGAAGGCUCGAACCAGCUCCCACAGCGAACAGCAACGAUUGGAAAAGGAGAUUGAGCGUAUCCAGGAGGUCCUCGAGAAUGACCCCGAGCGUGAGCUGGAAGGAAUUGAACUUCCACCAGCCGACCUUGCGCCCAAGCGACGAAUUGCUCGGCACAUGCGCAUCACAUCGUUCCCGAAGAUUAUCGCGAUUCACCUGUCGCGGUCCAUCUUUGACCGCAGCAGCUCGACGAAGAACGCGGCGAAGGUGUCCUUCCCCGAGCGAUUGCCCCUUGGCGGCAUCUUGAACCAGACCUGGUUCAAGCUGUUGACCAUUGUCUGCCACAAGGGCAGCCAUCACAGUGGUCACUACGAGUCAUUCCGUCGUAAUCAUCUCUACGCACCCUUUUCGACCCCGGAGGCGUUUAGCUCCUACGCAGCGAGCCGAGUCGCGAGCCAAAACCCAUCCCAGGCACCGAGUCCGCGAUUGAUCCCGCGCAGCAGUCCCGACCCGGACACUGGAGCCAGCAGCGGACUCUCGACAGCGACAUCCUCCACCUCCCUUUCAGGGACAUCGCCCGCCUCGCAACUCACACCGGCGCCGGCGCGCCCCACCACGUCGAGCUCGCGACGGUCCUUCCAGAGCACCUUCUCCCGCUCCUCGACCCCUCAACUGGCGGCGGAUUCAGAUAGCAACAGCCCGUCGACGGACCAGGGUCGGUUCAGCAGUUCGUCGGGCCCGCCCCGAACCAUCCCCCGCUCAUCGGGCGAGACCCCCACCGGGGUCGGGUCGCGACUUCGACGCCGUCGCAAGCCGAAUGACCGGUGGUGGCGGAUUUCAGACGAGAAGAUCAAGGAGUGCAAGACGUCGGACGUGCUGGGAAUGCAGAAGGAGGUUUACCUGCUGUUCUACGAGAUCGAGAAGCCGGAUUCAAGCCCCGCGGCGGCUGCGGCUGCAGCACGGAUGUAA